GCGGAAGAAGAAGCAAAAGCUCGCCGAAUCUUGGAAGAGAAGGAAAUGAGGCGGGAGGAACGAGAACGAAGGAGAAAGGAGAAGUAUGAAGCAGAACGAUUACGAAAAGAGCAAGAACGGUUGCGGCGGGAAGAGGAAGAAAGACGCGCUAAAGAGGCUGAACUUGCCAAGCUGCGAGAGUUGGAGGCCCGUGUUGGCGAAUCUCGACAUCUUCUUCAAUGCGUAUUUGCCCAUAUUCAGCGAAAGGAAGACCGUCGUAAAGAAGUGCAAGAAGCACGAAUAAGAGCUGAGCAACGAGUUGUUGAGCUUGAAGACGUACCAUUAGAGGAGAAAGAACAUGUCCUUAGAACUAUGCUACUUCGGCAACGCGAAAUGCGAAUGCGUGAAGAGUUGACGUUAUUGAACACUGAGGAAUUUAGUGUUACCUAUACCAUAAGUUUUUCUUCUAUUCUUACUGGAGUUGAGCAGAAGGCAGUCUAA